CCUUGAGAUGAAAUGAAUGUGGAAAACUGAUACAGGAGUGCACGUCAAUUUGUUCAGAUAACCAUGUGAUAGUAGGUUUGAAUAAUCAUGUUGCAAGGCUUGGGAUUAGAUUAUUAUGGUUGACACAAUUACAAUCCCCGAAGACAACCAGUGGUGUGUCUAUUGUAUAGUUGUAGAGUGUAACCGUAUAUUGUGGGCAUUAUUGAAAAAAUGCAUGGUCAUGCACGCACGGUAACGCAUGACAGAUAAUAUCGGUCACAAUAUAGACUGGUAGAGAAACAGUUGAAAUUGAUCUCUGUUGAGGAUAAGUUAAGACUGGUGUCAUUUUUCGUUUGAAAGGUAUUAAAAAAAAGAAUGACCUUGUGCAUGUGGAUAUAAUCUUGUAUUCAUAUAUGUAUAUAUUUUUGUGGGAAACGGGUUAGCUAGUGAAAUCAAAUGAUACAAUGUCAAACGAGCUCCAAGCUGUGGAUUUACGAAUGGGAGGAACAGAUGGAGAAAAAGAUGGGAACCAAUCCAUGGACACAAAUGAACCUGAAACUGGUUACCAGUCCAAACCAUUGGAUAUGAGUUCAAACGAGGAACCAGUCUCAGAGGGACAGAACUUGGCAAGACGUAAUAGCCUGGGCUCGAGGUGUAGCGAGGGGGAUGAGCAAGGACAUCCAAAUGUUGCGAGCCCAGAGUCGGCUGAUAUGCCUUCUGCUGUGUAUGACCUUUCAACAAAAGUAGACAACAGGAAUAUCACAAAUAAAAUAAAAGAUCGCCCACAUGACCUAGAGGAUCAUCUGUGCAAUGAAAAUUCAGAAAGUUUUUCAUCGGUGAGAGAGUUACGAGCUCACACAGUUGACCAUCCAGGUGCUGGGACCGCCUCUCCACAUUCCUCCCCUUCCAGCAGCCAUCAAAACAGCAACAAGCAUCAAAUAGACCUGGACAAUGACUCCCCCCCUCCCAAGCUUUUAAUUAAUUCAAUCACAACAUCAGGCCCCUCACAUCAUCGCAGAUCUUCUUCUGGUUUCCAUGACAAUGAUCUGGACGAUUCCAGCAAUCAUGGGUUGGCCAAAAAGAGGUCGAGAAUGGACCCUUGCGGGCCAGUAUCACAACAUUUCGGUAACAGUGCAAUAGGGAUACACGCAGGUGGGGCCAUGGACCUUGGAUAUGGGCUUACGGGUAUGGAAGACGGACUCGAGGGUCAUUGCUGCCCCAUUUGCGUCAAGAUCUUCCCCAAACCUAGUGACCUCAAACGUCACAUGAUGUGUCACACUGGGGAAAAACCUUUUAGAUGUCAGUACUGCUGCAAACCAUUUCGUGCAAAGAGCAGCAUGCACUAUCACCUGAAAGCUUCGCAUGGCAUCGACAUUGAACUGAGUCCCGGUUUAGAAGAGCGCUACCUUCGCAUGAAAACUCGCGCUCAGUUGAAUCUCACCUAUCGAAACAGCCAUGCCACCAGACUACCUCACAACUACGGGUCAGAAUUUCACCGAGAUGCGGACAACUACGAUACCGAUGACUACUCAAAUGAUUCAUUGUACCAGACAUCAGGUAUCGGCUCAGAUAUUGCCGGUUCAGAUUAUCCUUCUCAGGGUUUUGCAGAUGGUCAAACGAGUACGGAUAAUAGGCAUGCUUUAGACUUAAGCGUGACAGGAAAGUUUAAGAAUUCCACGAUCAAACCAAAGGGAAAAGUUGGUGAGAUUGUUGCGUAUGCUGAUUCCCAAUCAAAACCUCUUAGUUUAUUUGUAAAAGCUGAAAAAGUGAUUGUUUCAAAAUUAUAUGGAACUGACAUUACCACUGGCAAAAAUACCUCAGUAUAUCAUUGCAAUCUUUGUUCAAAUAUUUUUGUUAGUUUUGUAAAAUUGCAGCUUCAUUUGUCUGUUCAUUUUGUGAAGCAAGUUUUCACAUAUCAGUGUUGUUUCUGUGAAGAUGUUUUUCAUCAAAAGUGGCAAAUGCAGAAUCACCUCCGACACAAUCACUCCUAUGAUGUGAGUGGUUACAAAAGUUUGUUUGCCAAAGACACUUUGCGGGCGAUAAAUCCCAGUGAAUCCACAGAUCAUUUCCCAUGCAGGUUUUGUUAUAAGAUUUUCACCAGCCAGUCAUCUCUUCAGAGACAUACCAAGCUCCAUCUACGGAGCAGAAACUGCUUUUGCAGAUUCUGUGGUAAAACGUUUGAUCGCUAUACCUCCCUGCAGCGUCAUAUAACGCUUUUUCACUCAAAAACGGCCAGUAAAUCAAAAACAACCUCAUCAUCAUGGGUUGGUCGCAAGAUGAACUUCUUCAUCAGCCCUAGACGCUUAAAUCCUCCACCAAAGAUUAAUGUGCCUCGUAACCUACCAUUAAAUUUGUCGACAAGUGUCAAAGGAAGUUUGCAAUCAUUCGAAGCCCACCGAGAAUUAUCACUUUCCCCGCCACCUUUUGAGAACGGGGACACAGAAGAUCUUGCUCUCUCCCAGAAGUCCUCAGAUGAUGACUGGUCUGAGUCCCUGUCUGAAAUUCCUCCAAACGACUUGGAUGAUGAUAGCAGCGAGGAUAUUAGGUCAGCCCAUCGACAUCAUCUUCUGCCAGCAUGCCACGAGAGCUCACCACGGAGUCACGCUUCAUGGAGACCUCUGUCAACUUCCACAAUGUCUACUGCAGACCAAGAUGCGCCGUUAAACUUCACGACAAAAUCCUCCACGAAUCUUCAGGAUACCAACAACAAUGAAUCGAGCCGAUCAAACAGUGCUCAACAAUCCCCAGAGCUUCGGCUCCCCUCGUCCAACGCCACUCCAGAAUCGUUGCUUCCUGGGUACGCCCUCGGACUGAACUCUGCCAAUCAUUACCUUAUGGCCAAAGCACUAAUGGCCCAUCAGACUUUGACACAACAUCUUAACAAUACCUCACCUUCGAUGGGCAUUUUUCCUCCCAACCGCCUACCUCCCAGCCUUGCAGCUAUGUCGCAGAUGAUGUCACUUCCUGUGGGCACUUCGUUGCUAGGUGACCGCUCCUCGCUGCUAGGGGACCGAUCGUCAUUACUAGGGGACCCCCACCAGGGCACCAGCAAGUCCCCCUCGCCAACCAGUGGCUCCUCUUCCAAGUCUGAGACCUCCCCGGAAGACCGGGAAGGGGUCCCGGAAGGGGUCCAAGAAAGGGACCUGAUGGGUCUGUCCCGUGGGGCAUGGGGCCAGGAAAAGAUGGGGCCCCUCUGGGCCUUUAACAUGUUCAGCCCAGACACAGGAAAUACGGACGGACGUAAGGUCACAUCGUUAUCCCGAACACAUUCAAGGCUGGGUAUAGUGAACACCCCAAUCAACCGCGAGGCACUUUGCAAGCCGACCACUCUGACGGACGGACGCAUCGUGUUCAAGUGUCCGUUCUGCUCAAAGGAGUUUGUCUCAUUCUCUGACAUCAAUAGACACAUGGACUUCCACGAAGGUAAGCCAAAAGAUAUCCGACCGUACAAAUGCCAGUACUGUGACUAUUACGCGCGGACAAACAGCCAGCUGAAGGUGCACAUGAUGAGACAUCAAGGCAUACGUGAGUUCUGCUGCAAGCUGUGCAACUACAAGGGCGUGACCCAGUCGGACCUGAAUCGCCACAUGAAGUCUCAGAUCCACAUGCUGAAGUCGCGUAAUGCGUGCAAGUACUGUGGCGAGGGCUUUGUCACCAACAAGAACCUCGAGAAGCACCUGGAUGGCAACUGCAUCGUCAAGAUGCAGAAAUUGAACGGGGGCCUGGACCUACCUCUACAUGGGAGAGUCACUUAAAUGGAUCAAGCUUUGUGCUUUGAUUUUUCCACAAAGCCUGGUUAUCUUUUUAAUGCUAACUUGUUCUGAAACUUAUCUAUUAGGCCUGAAUUUCUCAAUUUUCUUAAUCGUUUGCCACUCAAAUUACACACUUUGAUUGCAUUUGAAAUCCCUUAGAAACUCAAAUUAAAUUUAAGACCAUUCUUACUAGAUUCAAGUUUAAAAGGCUUCAUUUCUAACUUCAUGAUACUGAUGAGCAACUGGCAGUCUGUUCAGGUUUUAUGCUGUUUGCAUGUAGCCAUUUUUAUUCUGAGUGGGAAAUGGUUAUAGGGAUCAUGUUUUGAUUUCUCAACAAAGUCUGAAAAUGUGUAUUAUUAAUGCUAAAGCGUCCUUAAACAUAUCAAUCAGGCUUGAAAUUUUUAAAAAGUUUUAAAUUGUUCAACGCAGUAAAAGCUAACUGCAUUCUAAUGUAAAAAAUCAAUCAAACAAUUAAAAAAAUACAAUUUUGCAAUCUAGAUCUAGAUUUAAAAUUGUGAUAUUGAUUGACGGAAUAUGAUAUAUAAGCAUAUAAUAAUUAUUUUUUAAAUCAAAUAAAUCCGCUUUAGUGUUGUUACUGUUUAUUCUGUGUGUUAAAAAUGCUGUUCCUUAUUAUUGAAUUCCAUUGGGUGAAAUUUAUAUGGCUUGUGAUUAUUCAUGAGGAGCUCUCCUUCAUUGUUUAACCUGAUAGUGUUAAUUAUGUCGAGGUGUUAAUUAUGUCUAGGAGUGUUAAUUAAGUCAAGUUGUUAAUUAUGUCGAGGAGUGUUAAUUAUGUCGAGGUGUUAAUUAUGUCGAGGUUUUUCUCGGGAACUGUUGAAAGAGUUGUUUUGGUAAUAUUGUUCAUGUUACCAAGUAUUUUCAAGCAGAUAGUUUAUAAUUGUUUACAAUCUAUCAUUGAUAUGGUUGUAUAUACCAAUAUUUUGGGUGUAUGAUGUGUUACUGGUACAUUCAUUUAUUUUUACACUGAAAUUUUAGUAUGAAAGUCCUAUAUGAAUAUUACCUCCAAAAUCAGUGACAUAUUUUUUUUAGAUGUGUUUAUAUAUAUGUGCUGAUAAAGCAGUCUGUAUUCACAACUUUGCAUAUUUUGAUAUUACUAUCAUUAUCCGAAAAUGGCUAUCGGGUAUUUUACAUGCCUCAAAAUCAUUUUUAUUGAAGUUUACCUCAUAUAUAGUUUAUUGAAAUUUUGCUUCCAAAAGAAAAUCUGAAUAAUUAAAAUAUCUCCUAGGCCUGAAGCAAAUAUAUGUAGUACCUGGGCAUUAAUGCAUAUUAUGUUAAUUUUUUUUUACAUACACUGUUAUUGUCCCCUACCAGUUUCACCGGAGGGGACUUAUGGUUUGCUCUGUCUGUCUGUCAGUCACACUUUUCUGGAUCCUGCGAUAACUUUAAAAGUUCUUAAUAUUUUUUAAUGAAACUUGAAACUUGGAUAGAUGGCAAUAUGGACAUUAUGCACCUCAUUUCAUUUUGUUCUUACGUCAAAAAUUCUGGUUGCGAUGGCAACAAAUAGACUAGAAAUACUGCUGAAAAUGGUGGUUUUCUGGAUCCUGCUAUAACUUUAAAAGUUCUUAAUAUUUUUUCAUGAAAUUUGAAACAUGGAUAGAUGGCAAACGUCAAAAAUUCUGGUUGCGAUGGCAACAAAUAGACUAGAAAUACUGCUGAAAAUGGUGGUUUUCUGGAUCCUGCUAUAGAUGGCAAUAUGGACAUUAUGCACGUCAUUUCAUGUUGUUCAUACGUUAAAAAUUCUGGUUGCUAUGGCAACAAAUAAAAACAAAAUUCUGACAAUGGUGAGAUUUCUGACAAUGGUGGAGCCGGUAGGGGACUAUAUUGCAUGGCAAUAGUCUUGUUAUAUGUAUUUUUAUCUCCUGGGACCAAUAUAAUAACUUACAUUCGUAUAUUUUUGCACUCUAUGCCGUUACAGUUUUGCGUGUUUAUUUGCAUUGUAUUGACAGAAUGCGGUACCAUUAGACUGUUGAUAUGUUAAAUAUAUUGAUAGGCACAUGUUUGUUAGUUGUUCAUAUUGUUUUUGAGAUAUUGAGUUUUCUUUAUUAAAUGUUUAUUCUUGUGUUGUGAUAACUAAUAGAAAAUAUUCACUUACAUUGUAUGUACAUAUUUGUAUACCGGCAUUAAUUGUUUUGAAUAGUUUUAUAUUAGAUAUAGUUUGAACAUUUAAUUAAAAUGUUGUAUUUUCAUAAAAUAAUAUUUGAUAUGUCAUAUGUAAAUGUCGUUUCAUCUCACAGUAACUGUUGCAUAGUUUAUAUAUUAUUAUAUGUCCGGCUUUAACCCAAAUUAAAAAUUUACCAAUAUUUAAAAGUAUAAAAUUACCAGUGUAUUAUAUAAGCAGUUAGACUAUAUGGUAAUUUUUCACAAGAUUGCGAUCAUUUUUAGACACUGCAAAAUAUAAUGACUGUACACCACCUUUUUUAAUGAAUCAGAUUUAAAAUUAAUACAUACUAUUAAAUACUUCAACAAAAAUACCCAAAAUAAAAAGCAAAAUAAAAUGCUAACCAGUUAUCAACUACUUAUUAAUAAAGCUGAGGAUAUUUUCAGAAUACAACAUAACUCUAUUAGUAUUAUUAAAUCAAAUGUUUCUUGUGUCUUGUGAUAAGCAAAUAUAUUAACUAGAACAUGAACUGCAUAUUAAAUAGUUUCUGGCAAUGCUUGUUGUCCCUGGUACUCAAAUAAGACAUGAUAAUUUAACAAAUGUGUGCACAAAGUAUAAUAUUUCUUAACAUUUUUCUGUGAUGACUUUGAUUGAACAUUCCGCUUGCUUUGUUUUUAGUUUUAUAUGUUCUAAUUUAGUAUAUUUAGGGUUGUUUUUUGAAACACGGGUACCUCAAAAUCAUUCAAUGCUAAAGCAAUUUUAAUUGUAUAUACACAUGCAAUACUUUCAAGAAUCAAUGGAUCAUUUUACCACAAUGUUGUUUUGUAGGUAUAUUAUUUCUCUGUUUUGUAGGUAUAUUAUUUCUCUGUUUUGUAGGUAUAUUAUUUCUCUGUUUUGUAGGUAUAUUAUUUCUCUGUUUUGUAGGUAUAUUAUUUCUCGAAAUGUCGAAAUGUUGAUGAUAUGAUCAAUUCUUCUUAUUUAAAAAAAGAUACAAGCUAUUGAAUUUUAAGUAAAAUAUAAUUAUAAGUUCAUACUAAGUACUCAGAUCUCAUCGUUAUAAUAAUAAUUGUUUCUAAAAAGUACUGUUAUAAUCAGAAUUGUAUAAAUUGGUAUUGUUGAAUCAAAAAAGUUGCACUUGGGUAUAUACAUAAUGAAGUGUUGAAUGAAUGUUUUAAAUUCUGCAGUACAUAAGAGAUUUGAGAGAUUUUCAAUAUGUCCCGUAUUUAAAUACAGCUAGUGAUGCCAUAUUAGUCCAGGCUGUAAUAACAGAGUGGUAACUUUUAGAUUAUGGUUAUCGCGUGUGAUUCAUUGAGUUGUAUUCCUUCAAAAAAAAUGUCAAAAUUAGCAUCAUUUUUUUGCACUGCUUUAUCAGCCAGUGACAUUGUUUAUUGUAACAGAAUAUGCAGUACUGGUUCUGUGAAUUCAUUAAUUUUGUUUGCCCUGAAGUUUUGUGGACUUGUUAAAUGCGGCAAAAUCUUUGGAUCUUAAAUUAAAGUUUUAUAUGCCCCAACAGACUGAGAGGCCGCUAGAAUUGCACUUGUCGGUAUGUCUGAAGUUUGUGUUUUCAACUCUUUUGAAACCUUAACCACAUAGAUACAUAUUUUGAUGUGCUUGUAGUCCCUUAAAAAGUUAAAUUUAAUUAAAGACCUAUCUUUCUAGAUUUAAGUUUUAAAGGCUUUAUUUCCAACCCUUAGAUACUGAUGAGUAGCAAACAGCAUAAAACCUGAACAGACUGAGUUGCAUGCAGGCUGUUCUGGUUUUAUGCUGUUUGCACAUAGCAAUUUUCACUUUGCCUCUGAGUGGGAAAGGGUUAAUCUAUUAGGUGGUGAUUCCUUUACAGUAAGAUGAAGUUCAUGUUUAGAUGAUCAUUAAGAAAGGCAUUUUGGCUUCAACAAGUUUUGGCAGAAUUAUGGCCCUUUUUUCACUAAAGAAUAUCUAGACCUAAACUUGUUUUAUACUCUUUAACUACUGUACUUGGUUAUUUUUCACUCAACUUGUACAGUCGAAUAACUUAAUGUGUAGAUGAUCACAAACAAAUAAUUUAGCUGCUACAAGUUUUGGCAAAAUGGUUGCCGUUUGUCUUUUUGUCCACUGUAGAAUAUAAAUUGAAUUUGUGAGCGUUGUGGUGGCUUCAGUGUCUGUGAUACAUUUCUAGUUUUAUAAUCUCUGAAAGAAUUCUUUUCACAGAAAGGUUUGUUGAAAAUUUGAUUUCUUAUUUGAGCAGACCAAAAAAAUCGAGACAAAUUGUCAGUUUAAUUAUAUUAGUUUCACAGUUCAUGAUGAUACUUCCUUUCAAAUGUUAGUGUUGUUGUUGUUGUUUUUCUAAUAGGUCACUAUUCUUCUCAGUGUAAGGUUAUGCUGCAUAAAAUAUAAAUGCAUUUAAAACCUUAAGGUAUUUUUAAAGUUGUGUAAUUUGUGUAUGUUUUAACAAUUUUGUCAGGACAAUCCCUUUUGUUUAAGAUUUUAACCCGACGAAGCGAAACUAUUGGCAUUUUAUUAUGUUGUAUAUUCAUUAUUGCUUUUGUCUUUAUGAUUAUUACAUAUAGUAUUCAUAAAGCAAUUAUUAUUUAUAUCUUAAAAAUGAUAUACAUGUGAUACUUUCUUUUCUUAUUGGAUUUCCAUUGUUGUUAGUUAAAUAAAUGGUGUUCCGAUAGAAAACCAUAGUUUCCAAAUGUGUCAUGUGUCAUCUGCGAUAAGUCUUUUAAUGGCUCAGCAAUUUCCUAUUAGAUUGUAUACCUUUAUUUAGUAUGAGCUUAGAGUUUUAAAUUUGGAUUUCUUCUUAUAUAAAUGAGACACGACCUGGAAAAAUGGGGAAUAAUGCAGUCUGCAGAGGCCAAUAAGGGCUAGCUUGUGGUCACUUCAAAGGCUUAUUUGGGAUAAAACUUUUUGCUAAGCAUUAGUCCCAUUUUAUUCCAGAGACCAGCUCGAUGAAAUGUUUUGCCAAAUAUUAUUUGUUAAAUUACAUCCAUUAGGCUUUUUCUUGAUUCAGUGACAUUCCAUUUUCUGAUUGUGUGUAAUUGUAAUUAAAUUGCUUGUGUAUUACUAAUAUAACAAACAAUCCUAAAAGACUCUUAAUAUUUUGUAGUUUUUGGAAGAUUUUAUUAUGUGUUUAUGAAAGUUAUGUUACAUUAUUUUAUAGAAUCUGUGUAAAUGUAUCAUUAUGAUAUUAUUGAUAAAUUUUUGCUGUUACCUAAAAUCAAACAUUGUUUAUUUUGUCUUAACAGGGGUACAAAGUGGUAUUAACUUGUGUAGAUUCAAUCAGUUACAUGAUUCCACUUAUAUACUUAUAUUUUGUUUUAUAAUUCUUUUAUGCUAUUUUUAUAUGUUCAAAUAACUUAUCAGUUGUUUAACUCGUAUUACCGGUAAAUAAAGACUUGGAUUUGGUUGUUUUGAAACAGAAAUAUAUCACUAUCAUUUCUGUAUUAUUGUUUUAUGUGGUUAAAUAUAUGGAACUCGAAACGCACUUUCAAUGUUUAAAAUAAUUAUGUAACCUUACAUACUUAUUUUUAGUGAAAAAUAUUAAUUUUAUAUUUUCUUUUUAGUUCAGAAGACCUGAAUAAGAAAACUGUUCUUGCGUAAAAGCAAGCAGGAAUUAUGUAUAAGUUUUACCAGAAAACGUCCAUAAGAAUACUGAAUCUAUUCUUUCAUGGAACAGCGAAAUCCAAUCAAAUAUGCUAUGUGUGUGAGGGAUAUUGAAAGUAUUGUCAUAUCGAUGUAUGAGUUACAGUAAAUGAUUGUUCAAAUUAUACAUUUUUGCUAAUCAAAAAUAUAAUCAAUUUCAUAAUAAACAAUAUUUGAUGUCAAAUUCAAUUAUAAAAACACAAUAUUAUUACAACGUAAGUUGUUAUUUUGCAUAGAUUUUUAAUCUUUUUAAUACCAUAUUAGUAAGCAAUACAAGUUCUGUGGUUAUAACUGAAAGUAUGUUGUUCAUGAUGCAUAAUAUGUAAGGAAAAAGUUAAACUGGAAUUGAGCCUUGUUCUGGAAAAAAUGUGGUUUAAAUCCUGUGUGGAAAGUGUCCCUGAUAAGCCUGUGCAGUCAGGCUACUGUGUGGAAAGUGUCCCUAAUAAGCAUGUGCAGUCAGGCUACUGCGUGGAAAGUGUCCCUGAUAAGCCUGUGCAGUCAGGCUACUGUGUGGAAAGUGUCCCUGAUAAGCCUGUGCAGUCAGGCUACUGUGUGGAAAGUGUCCCUAAUAAGCCUGUGCAGUCAGGCUACUGUGUGGAAAGUGUCCCUAAUAAACCUGUGCAGUCAGGCUACUGUGUGGAAAGUGUCCUUGAUAAGCCUGUGCAGUCAGGUUACUGUGUGGAAAGUGUCCCUGAUAAGCCUGUGCAGUCAGGCUACUGUGUGGAAAGUGUCCCUAAUAAGCCUGUGCAGUCAGGCUACUGUGUAGAAAGUGUCCCUGAUAAGCCUGUGCAGUCUGGCUCCUGUGUGGAAAGUGUCCCUGAUAAGCCUGUGCAGUCGGGCUCCUGUGUGGAAAGUGUCCCUAAUAAGCCUGUGCAGUCGGGCUCCUGUGUGGAAAGUGUCCCUGAUAAGCCUGUGCAGUCGGGCUCCUGUGUGGAAAGUGUCCCUGAUAAGCCUGUGCAGUCGGGCUCCUGUGUGGAAAGUGUCCCUGAUAAGCCUGUGCAGUCGGGCUCCUGUGUGGAAAGUGUCCCUGAUAAGCCUGUGCAGUCAGGCUACUGUGUGGAAAGUGUCCCUGAUAAGCCUGUGCAGUCAGGCUACUGGUAAUCAGGGAUGACACUUUUUGCCUAGACAGAACUUUGGUUCAGAAGACUUCGUUUAAACAAAAAAAUACAACACAAGCUGAAAGUGUCCUCCCUUAUUAGCCUGUGCACAUGCAUUAAACCCCAUUUUUUAGAUUGAGACUCAAUUAUAAGAAAGAAACCAUGUAGCAUGUUUUCAGUAUCCCUCAUUCAGUUUGUUCUCACCUGUAUUUGUGAUACAUAUAUUAUGUUAAUCAUUCCUAUAUGUUGUUACAUUCUUUUUAGUUGCUCAAAACAGUAGUUUGAUUAACAAUAUUACCUGUUUAAAUUUGUUUUAACUAUUAAUUUUAUAAACAUCAUACAGUUAUUUGAGUUAUUCAUAUUACAUAUGUUGUAUUAAUCAAGAUUGACCUGGUUGUAUAAAGGUUGUCUCUAUUGAAGACAUUAUUUGUUUUCUAUUUCAUAUUGCUUUAUUUUAUAAAACAUUAACUUACCAUACAUUUCAUUAUAGUGAACAGAUUUAUCUGUUUUGCUAACUCAUUUUGUAAUACCCAACUUAAUGUAUGGCCAGCGUCAUAAGUUAGGAAAACAGUCUUUAUUAUUUGUUUGUUAAAUAUUUUCAAUCAUUCCUCGUACAGAACAUGUAACUGUCAAACUUCUUCAUUAGAACUGUAUUGUCUGCUGUUUUCAUGUACUUCUACUUUAAUCAAAACACAUUUUUUGUGUCACUUAUUAAUCAUUACAUUUGGUAAGAACUUUAUUUUUAAGUGUUUUGUAUGAACAGUUUAAACGAUAAACUGUGAGAGUAACAAGAUAAAACCUCAUGUAUUUAGGGUAUGCAAACUCUGUGUUGUUUCUAUCUAUAAUGUUAUUUGUGGAACUUUGAAAAUGUCUACCUCUGUGUUAGUAAAAUAUAGCUUUAUUCUACUAUGGUGAGUAAAUACCUUUAUGUUUAAA